AUGAAUUUGCUCCAUACGUCUCUUCCUCCGUCUCUCGCUCCCUCUCUCUUCCCUCUCUCUCUUCCCUUUAUUUCGACCUCCCUCUUCCCUCUCUCUUUCGUCCCUCUCUCUCUCUUCCCCCUCUAUCCCUCCCUCUCUCUCUCCCUCCCUCCAUCCCCUCCCUCUCUCCCUCUCUCCUCUCCUUCCCUCUCCCUCUCUUCCCCUCCCCCUCUCUCUCUUCCUCCCUCCCUCUCUCCCUCCCCCCUUCUCUCCCUCCCCUCUCUCCGUCUCUCCCUCCCCUCUCUCUUUCCUCUCUCUCCCUUCCUCUCUCUUUCCGUCUCUCCCUCCCUCCCUCACUCGCUCGCUCAGUUUUUUCAUUCAUUGUCUCUACCUGCCUAUCUAUCUAUCUAUCUAUCUAUCUAUCUAUCUAUAAUCUAUCUAUCUAUCUAUCUAUCUAUCUAUCUAUCUAUCUAUCUCUGUAUAUUCAUUAUCUAUCUAUCUAUCUAUCUCGUGAUUGUGAAGAGAGCAAAUUGGAGCCUCGUUUUUCUCUUUUUUUUUUCACUCUCUCCGUUUCUUUCACCCUUUCUUUCCCUUUUCCCCCCUCUCACUUCUGCAUCGAUAACUAUUCCCUCCUUUGUUUCUUUCGAUUUCUCUCCCAUCUUCUCUCUUCUUGCCCAUUCCUCACCUUCCAUACUUUUCCCCCUCCCUUGUUAUCUCAAUGAUUGUGAAGACAGCAAAUUGGAGCUUUUCUCUCUCUGUUACUUUUACCCUUUCUUUCCUUCCCUUUUCUCGUAUUGGUCUUUUCUCUCUCUCUCCUCUCACUCCUGCAUCGCUAACCACUCUCUUCUUUGUUUCUUUCGAUUUCUCUCACUUUUCACUCACUCUGAAACUCUAUAUUUCCUUCUCCCACUCUCUCUAUAUAUUUUAUUUUUUCUCUCUCACUCUCACUAUUCCCCGUUCCCCACUCUCUCAUAUUUCAUUAUCUUUUCUUUACCCCCCUCCCCACCUUUUAUUUAUUUAUUUUUUUUUCUUUCGUAUUUUCAGAUUUCAUUUUUUCCUGAACGAAAUCCAAAAAUGGCUUCGUCGUCUUUGAGGAAGGAAAUUUUGGAAGCGAAAAAGCGCGUCGUCGAUUUGCAGGAAGAUGUCGAAGAAUUCGAAAAGCGGCUCCGUCGAGGAAUUGAAUGGACGAAGAAAUCGAUUGAACAAUUAUCAAUCGAUUGCGACGUGAAUUGCACCAAAGUCUGGCAGGAAUUCGAUGAAUUUCUGGAAAAGACGAGGUUGAAGGCCGCAGAAUUGUGCAACCAAAUGAGAGAAAAGACGAGCGAAGAAGAAAGGAAAUGGCGCCAAAUCCUCGAAGAGAAAGAAAAUCUUUUGAAGGAGUCAGGAAAAUGGCUCCUAGAUUUGCGACAUUUCUUAGUCGCCAGCAACGACGACGAGGACGUUAUUUCUGGUGUCCGGUCGCUGGGAGUGGAUCUUUCAGGGCGGCUCCAUGAAUCGUUCUUUCCUGUUGAGGAAGGUCAUUUUGUGGUGACCUUUCCAGAAUGGUGCCAACGAUCAUUGAACCAACUUGAAGAAGAAAUUGUCGACUUUAAGACGGUAAAGACAUGGCAUUCAAAGGAAUUGAAACUUGAAAGCGAAUGCCGCCUGCGGGGUUCGAACCUGGGGUCGAUUUUGUCGAUUGCUGUCAGCGACGAAGAUGGUCACGUGUUUGUUGUCGAUGGGGGCGACAAAUCGAUCAAGGAAUUCGGCGAGACUGGGGAAUUCGUCGGCCGAUGUCUCUUGAGUGACGAAGGAUUCUUACCCUGGGACAUUUGUUGUCUUUCCCAUGACAAUUUCGUUGUUUCCGGGUCGGGGAUGGGACUCUCUCCUCCUCCCGCUUCUAAAUUUCAUUCCUCCUCCCUCUCCCUUAAACUGAUUUUCUCUCUUUCUUUUCUCCACCCCCAACUUUUUCCCUCUCUCUCUAUAUCUGCUUAUGUUUUUCGAUGCCAUCCAAAUCUGCCAUUUUUCGAUGACGGCAAACGAAAGAAAAAGAAAAAUGAAAGCCAAGCGAUCCAAGAGAAAAACUUUAAAAAAAACUUCACGUUUAAUUUUUAUCUAUCUAUCUAUCUAUCUCCUUUCCAUAUCUAUCUAUCUAUCUAUCUAUCUAUCUAUCUAUAA